CAUCGUGAUUUCUGCGUUCAAUAGCCUCUCUGGUGGCCUUCCGUCACCAUGAUGGCCCCGCUGGCCGCGCGCCUGGCGCUGGUCCACCUGUCUUGCGUCGUAUGGAUGAUGUACAGCUGCGCAGCCGGUGUAACCCGUCAUAAGCCAUGUGACACAAACCACGGAUGGAAUUCUCACGGCUCCAAAUGCUACAAGAAGAUAGACGCAACCAACGGUUGGCUGGGAGCUCGUCACGACUGCCUCUGGGAGGCCGGCGACCUGGUCUCCAUCACUUCCGAGGAGGAGGAAAAGUUUGUGAAGUCGCAAAUGGGCGACAAGCCGUUCUGGAUCGGACUCUCCAAUUUGGUCUGCGACAAGGACAGUUGUCAGGUUUUCGGAGCGGGAGAAAAGAGACUGAACUGGUCCGACACUGGUGUGACGCCGACCUACACCAACUGGAACACGGCUCAAGAUGGAAGGUCCAAUGAUGAAUCCUGCGCGUACGUCAACCAAGGUGUGCACAUAGGCAGUCAGCCUGGAAAGUGGAGACAUGGCUCGUGCAGAUCCUCAUUGGCGUACAUGUGCGAGCGGUCGCCCGACGACUGCCCGGACGUAUGGCCGUGUUCCUACAAAGACUUGGGUUACACUUACAGUCGAGUGGAGACUUCCUACUGCGACUCUGGUGAGUUCCUGUACAAGGACUCUUGUUACCAUUUUGAGGGGAGGAAUGGAACUUGGCAAGCGGCUGAAGAUUUCUGCAAGGAAGAGGGAGGUCUCUUGGCCAGCGUCCACUCAAAGGUUGACGGACAGUUUUUGGCUGCUCACCAGCGAAUAGCAUGGUAUUCUUGGCUGGGACUCAAGAAGAACAAUGGCAAAUUUGAGUGGCGCGACGGAUCAUCUACAGAUGAUGUCCCGUGGCAUCUUCCUAAACCUUCAGGUGACUGCACAAAAUUGACUGGUGCUGGAGAAGUUGAGAUCGACAGUUGUGCUUCUUACGAUCGUCCAUCCAUCUGUCAAAAAGGCAAGGCCAGAGCUUCUCUUCCGCCUCUUCCGGCAUCAGCAUCAGACAAGAGUCCAAAGUGCGGCUUGUGGCGGGAGAACCCCGCCAACGACUUCUGCUACCUGAUCAACGACAUGGCCACCAAGACCUGGAAGGAGGCGCGAGACGAGUGCGCCCGCCGCAGAGGCAACCUGCUCGCCAUCACCGACUUACAGGAACACAACUUCAUACACGGGCUUCUGCCAAGCGGUUCCUCUUUGUGGUUGGACGCCAGCGACAUCAUUGUUGAAGUCGGCAGCGAGCAGUCUGACGAAUCCUCACCGAGUUCCGUCCUUUUGGGCGCAAGUAACCCUGGUGACCCCCCCGGCCGACGCUGCAACUCCUUACUCCAUGGCAAGGGCGGCAUAGAAGUUGUCGAUUGUGAGAAGAAGAGCGGCUACGUCUGCAGGAGAAGAGGCAUUCAGACAUGUGAAAUGACCAAAGGGUGGCACGGCUUCGGCUCCAGCUGCUACAGGAAGAUGGAGACCACCAACGGUUGGCUGGGGGCCCGUUACGACUGCGUCUGGGAGGGCGGCGACCUGGUCUCCAUCACCUCGGAGGACGAGCAAAAGUUCGUGAUGGAGCAAAUGGCCGACAAGCCGUUCUGGAUCGGACUCUCCAACCUGGUGAGACGGAAGCGCAAGACUGCGCCGAGGUCUGGUGUCAGUUUUUUAAAGCGGGAGAAAAGAGGCUGA